AUGCAGGGUUUACGAACAUUCAUAGCAUUACCAUUCAGAAAGAGUCCAUAUCAAGCUAAUAUAGAUUGCUACUUAGCUAAAGGUUUGCUCCAUGAUAAUUUGCUGAAGCUAAGGUACUUACGAGUUCUAUCUUUGUCACACUACGACAAUAUCAACCAGUUGCCUGAUUCUCUUGAAAAGUUUAUUCAUUUGAGAUAUUUGGAUGUCUCUCACACUAAAAUCAAUAGGUUACCAGAUGGGACUUGCAAACUGUACAAUUUGCAAACCUUGUUGCUGUCAUGUUGUUCAUAUCUACUUGAAUUGCCUCAAGACAUAGACAAAUUGAUCAGUCUGCGCCAUAUGGAUCUAAGUGGAACCAAGUUGAAGGAAAUGCCCACAAAUUUGAGUAAGCUAAAGUGUCUCCAAACUUUGACUUCCUUUGCUGUCAGCAAACAGGAGGAUGGAUUAAAGGUUGGAGCAUUGAAAAAUUUUCCACAUCUACAAGGAAAACUUUCCAUAUUAAACCUACAACAUGUUGUCAAUGCCAAUGAUGCUUUUCAAGCUAAUUUGAAAAAGAAGGAGCUAAUUGAGGAGUUAGAAUUGGAAUGGGCCUGCAACACUGAAGAUUCACGUAUGGAGAGAGAGGUACUUGAGCAGUUGGAACCAUCAUCACACUUAAAACAACUAAUCAUCAAAUUUUAUGGUGGCACCACAUUCCCAAAUUGGUUGGGGAAUUCUUCCUUUUGCAACAUGGUAUCCCUUAGAAUAAGUGAUUGUGAUCAUUGUUGGUCACUUCCACCACUUGGACAAUUACCUUCUUUGAAGCUACUCUCGAUUGCUAGGCUCAAAUCAUUAAAGCAUGUUGGAGUUGAUUUCUAUGGCACAGGCUCUUCUUCUUUUCAACCAUUUGCAAGUCUGAAGUAUCUAAAAUUUAUGGAACUGUCAUGCUGGGAGGAAUGGUCUUCUGCAAGUGAUAAAAAUACCGAAUUUCCUUCUCUUGAAGAGUUGCAUAUAUUACACUGUCCCAAACUAGGAGGAAAAUUACCUAGUAAUCUUCCAUCAUUAAGAAGACUUUGGGUAGUUGAAUGUGAUGUGCUCGAGUUACAAAAUUCAAAUGUCGUGGAUAACACCACUCCUCUGGAAGACACUAAGAUUCCUCGGAAAAGUUCAUCUGAUAUUAAGUGGCUCUCUUCUCUUCACUCCAUACACAUUUUUGGGUCGCCAGGUGUAUUGUCAUUGCUUAACUACUUUAUUUUUGGGAAUCAACAUUCUCUUAAGCUAUUUCCUAGGAUUCGGACCAACAAUAAUUGUCUUCAAUUUUUGGAUAUCAAAAGAUUUUCAAAUCUCAUGUACUUUCAAAACGAUGCUCUUCCGUUUUCAUUGAUGCACCUUCAUCUCCAAAAUUGUGAGAAGUUAGAAUUUCUAAGUCCUGCAUUGAUACCUAAUUUUUCAUCACUUGUGUACCUAACUUUAAGUGACAGUUGUCAUUCACUGGAAUCCUUUCCCUUAGGCAGUUUCCCUGUCCUGGAGAGUCUCUUUAUUGACAAUUGUCCAAACCUUAAAUUCUUCUCCAUCUCAGAUGACGAUUCAUCUCAGAACCUGUCACAUCUCAAAAUCUUUCAUGUAACAAAUUGUCCUAGGUUGGAAUCUUUCCCUUUAGGUGGGUUGCCCACACCCAAUCUUCAGAAAUUUUAUGUUCACAAAUGUAAGAACCUCAAGUGUUUGCCAGAACAGAUUAACACCCUCACUGGCCUUCAAGAAUUGAGCGUUCAAGAGCUUCCAAUGCUUCAGUCAUUAGCAGAACAGGGUUUGCCUUUCAAUUUACGAAAACUUGAGGUCUUUCAUUGUUGGGCACUCACAGUAGCAUCCAUCACUCAGUGGGGUACUCAGUUUCUUAAUUUUCUUUUAGAAGUAACAAUUGGAGGAGAUGAUCUUGUAGAUGCCUUGAUGGAAAAGCAACUGCUUCCAACUUCUCUUGUGUCACUGUGCAUCAGAGACAUUUCUUUCUUGAAUGGUGUGGGUCUUAAGCAUCUCAUCUCUCUUGAAUAUCUGCAUAUUGCAAACUGUAUGAACCUUAAGUUGUUGCCCCAAAAGGAAUUGCUCCCUCUUUCUCUUUCUGUACUUAGUAUCAGUGAAUGUCCUCUGUUACAAGACAGCUAUCAAAGGAAUGGAGGGACGAAUUGGCCUAAUGUUUCCCAUCUUCCAUGUGUAAAGAUCAAUCAAGAAGUAAUAAUUUGA